AUGGCAAAAACAUUAGCGGCCAAAAAAAAGGCGCCUAAGGCGACCGAUGGCAAGUCUAAAGCAAAGAAGACGAAGAAGGCUGCCGGAAAGUCCGAGAGCGCGGUCCCCGAAGGCGUGCGUAAGCUGAGGGCGCUACUCGACCAGGCUUCCAAAACAGUUCCAGUUGCCGCCACCACUUCUACGGCUGAACAACUACCUUCAAGCACAGCAUCUAGCGCCGUGCCUGCGCCUCAGGUGGAAGCAACUGGCAAACCAGCCACUGGCCGAGGUGCCGGUGAAUCCGGUACACGUAAGCCGAAAGGGCCGAUUCGUCCCAUCAAGAAAAAGUCUAAGGGUGGCCCUAAGGAAUAUAUAGACCAUCCGAAUGUCGUUUUCGUCGGCAAUGUCCCGCUUUCAGUUGACAAAUCCGAGCUCAUCAAGAGCUUGGGUAUCGACCCAAAGAUCGUAAAAUCCGUCCAUUUCAGGUCGCUUCCAGUCGAAAGCAAGUUCGCAUACAACAAGAGGAUCGGCGUGAUUCGCGGGAAGCUGAGCGACGCGAAGCCCAGCCAGAAUGCGUACGUCACGCUGGUGGACGAGAAGUACGUAGACGAGCUGGUGGCCAAGAACACCACGGAGCUGCGCGGGCACUAUCUGUUCAUCAACAAGUCGUCACCGUCGUCGUUCAGCAAAUUUAAUCGCAAGAAGACCAUCUUCGUCGGGAGGCUCCCUCCCAACACCACGGAGAACGAGCUUUUCGAGGUGUUCUCAAAUGUCAGCCAGGUUCAAGGUGUUCGCAUUAUACGCGAUCCUAUUACGUCGGUGUCUAAGGGCUUCGGAUUCGUGUUAUUCGACAAUCGCACGGCGGUUCCUGAGGCGGUGGAAGCGUUCAACAACUACCCCUUUAAGGGCUACACGCUGCACGUUACCAAGGCGCUGGAUCACGAGACAGCCUCUGAGUAUAAGGCAAAGUCGUCUAAGAAGAAAGCACCAGCAGGUAAAAAGGGAGGAAAGCACGCUGGUGCCAAGAAGGGCGGUAAACUGGUGCAGAAACGUACGCUGAAGGCCAAGCCGAAGAAUAAGCGGCGCUGA